GAAGGCCGAAGAGCUGUUCGGAGUCUUCGGACUAUGUUCUCUCUUAUACAUGAAAAGAGCAGACCAUGUAUAAGCGAGAGGCCGAAGCAAAGUUUUGACUGGGUCCAGUUUCUUCUUAUCCCGCCACCUCAUCGUGUGGCCGCCUCCUUCGGCACGAACCCCGAGAGAAAGGAAAUUUGGUUGGUUUCUGGAGUCGUCCGUCCCUUUCAUCAUCAUUAAUUAAUGCUACGGGCCAGAUUAUUCUCAUCCCUGUUGCUCGGAACCGAUAACACGAUCCGACUCCGGUCAAAUAAAAUAAAACCCUAGUUUCCCGUGGUCUCGCCAAUUAAUUUGUUUUCCGUAUUUUAUUUGAAGAAUCGAAAAAAGAUUUAAUUCUGAAAAGAGAACGAUGGAGCAGAUGAAGUCCGCUCUCCCUUCUAAGAGCGGAGCAGCAGCUCCACAGCUCGACCGAUCUCCCGUCUCCGGCGGUGGCCUCAGUCAAGAUGGUAAAUUUAGCUAUGGUUAUGCAAGUUCUCCUGGGAAAAGGUCGUCAAUGGAAGACUUUUACGAAACAAGAAUUGAUGGCGUCGAUGGAAAAGUUGUUGGGCUAUUUGGAGUAUUUGAUGGUCAUGGCGGCGUUCGAGCAGCUGAGUAUGUUAAACAAAAUCUCUUUAGCAAUUUGAUCAGUCAUCCAAAGUUCAUUACUGAUACAAAGUCAGCUAUAGUUGAGGCAUACAACCGCACAGACUCUGACUUUCUGAAAUCUGAUAACAGUCAGAAUAAAGAUGCUGGCUCAACAGCCUCAACUGCUAUUAUUGUUGGCGACAAGUUGAUUGUAGCAAAUGUUGGGGACUCCAGGGCUGUUAUCUCUAGGGGCGGAAAGGCUAUAGCUGUUUCACGAGAUCACAAACCUGACCAAACUGAUGAACGGCAAAGGAUUGAGGAUGCAGGCGGGUUUGUAAUCUGGGCAGGAACAUGGCGGGUGGGCGGUGUUCUUGCUGUUUCUCGUGCAUUUGGUGACAGACUUCUGAAGCAAUAUGUUGUUGCGGACCCAGAAAUUAAUGAAGAGGUCGUUGAUGGAUCACUUGAAUUUCUCAUCCUUGCAAGUGAUGGACUGUGGGAUGUUGUAACAAAUGAGGAGGCUGUUGCAAUGGUGAAGCCUAUUGAAAACCCGGAAGAGGCAGCAAAGAAACUGAUGCAGGAAGCAUCUCAUCGAGGCAGCGUAGACAACAUAACUUGUGUUGUGGUCCGCUUCUUAGACAAGCCAGAGUAGCAAUGCCAAAAGUGAGAAUUGAUGGUUCUUGGAACUAAUUCAAGCUAGCUCUGUCCAAACAGAUAAUUUCUUUUGGUUUUUGGAAGAGGAUCUGACUUCAAAUGUAGCAGAAUUCAUAAAUCCUCUAGCCUUUUUGGCAUAUGUAAUUUAAUAGUCCUGUAGACUGAUCCAAUGCAAUUAUCUAUCCCUGCAAACUGUUGUACUUGCUUUGCGUGUACUUUUAUCAUUGUAAAAUAUUGUUCAAAAGAUGAUGAUGAAGAUGAAGAUCAUUCACCUUUUCAUAUUUUUGUUACAAUUAA